AUGCGCAGUUUCUCUGAGCCGUGCGUCCCAGGCGCGGUUCCACACGCUUUUCCAACAAGAGCCGGAGAUGCGCCCCUUCGAGGGACUGUCCUGAGCGGACCCCCGCUGGUCUCAGCCAUGACUGUAUCCCCUCGAGGGUCUGCAGAGCCCCGCUUGGAUCCGAUGAUUCACACGUCUCCGCCGGGUCAGUCUGCGAUUUUGUGUCGGCCUCACGAAAUUCUGGAGGGAGGGGAGAUGCAAGACGAUCAGCCCAAAGUUUAUUUGGAGGCCGGCGACCUUUGGAGACAAUUCCACAAACGCGGCACUGAAAUGAUCAUUACAAAGUCCGGGAGGCGCAUGUUCCCGCCGCUCAGGACCAGGUGCGUCGGGAUGGAUAGAAAGGCCAAAUACAUUCUCCUGAUGGACAUCGUGGAGGCCGAUGACUGCAGGUACAAGUUUCAUAACUCCCGCUGGAUGGUGGCAGGGAAGGCGGACCCGGAGAUGCCCAAACGCAUGUACCUCCACCCGGACAGUCCGGCCACGGGGGAGCAGUGGAUGUCCAAAGUGGUCAACUUCCACAAACUCAAACUGACCAACAACAUGUCGGACAAACACGGAUAUACAAUUCUCAACUCGAUGCACAAAUACCAGCCGAGGUUCCACAUAGUGAAGGUAAAUGACAUCCUCAAGCUGCCGUACAGCACCUUCAGGACCUAUGUCUUCUCUGAGACUGAGUUCAUCGCAGUGACAGCGUAUCAGAACGACAAGAUCACGCAGCUGAAAAUAGACAACAAUCCUUUCGCCAAGGGAUUCAGAGAAAUGGGCAAUGGGAGAAGAGAAAAGAGGAAACUACAACAUUCAUCACAAAAACCUAAAGAGAUGCGGAUGACCAACCUGAAACCUGAGCCUAUUCAAGAUACACCUCAACAAUAUUCCGACAAUCCCGAAUCUCCAGAUGCCGAUGAAAGUGAUGUUGAUGAAAAUGAUCAUGUUGUGGACAUUAUUCAAGAGAAGAAAGAAGCGAAACCAGGGCCAAAGGUUUCCAUCACAGGCAGCAGGGUACAGACUCCAGACCGAACACAGAGAGAAACCGACUCAAGAAGCAGCCGCGUCCUCAGUACAACAGCUGAUGGAGCGAGUGGAUCUGAGCCACAAGACUCAGAGAAGGAAGAAAUGUGCAAAUUACACAGCAACGAUGCUCAGAGUUGCGUUUAUCCACUGGAAUCAAACAGCCACCUGUGGGAUCCGAGCAGACCCAGCAGUGUAUACCGCUCUGCUCAGGUGAACACCUGGAACAGCUGCACCGCUGUGGACAGAGCGGCAUCGUGUGGACUGGACCCGGCAGCAGCUGUCAGGACUCCAUCAGCUGCAGGGUUUCCCUUCAGCCUCCAACAGCACGCACUGGUGCAGGACCUGUUGGGUCUUUCCCACUUUGGAGGCCUUGUGUUUUAUCCCUACACCAGCCUCUCUCUACGGUCCAAAGUGGAUUUCAGAGCCUGCCCGAGUGUCCACAGCCGGGACUACUUCACCUCUCCGAUGUUAUCUUCAUCUGUUCCUCGUGUGAUUGGCGGCGCAUUUAAAUAUCUCAUCCCUGAUCUGCUACUGCUGCCCACAACAGAGCAGGAGAACUUGGUUGAUGAUGCUGACAUUGACUGCAGUAAGGACGAGUCACAAACAGGGAGACAAUUCUGA